GGCGGAGGAGAAGGGGAAGGCAUGUGUUGGCUUCUGGUUCCCCUCACUCUGCUAGAUACCGAGGCGAGAGCAAGAGCGAUUCCUCAGGCCAAGAGAGGAGACCAUCAUGGCGUCGAGAGCGUCAAUCGUUCUCCUCGUGCUGGGUCUCCUGGCGGCCUGCCGUAGUUACGAGGUCACGAUGCUCGAAGAUGUCGUUGGAGAGUACGACUUCAGAAUGUUCAGGGACCUCUUUGUCAACACCACGAAGCAGCUCACGCAGUCCAUCAGUCAGCUGCAAGAAAACGCUGCGAAGAGUAAUACGCUGCAGGACCUGAUGGACGCUGUCGAGGAGCUGAACGAGUCCUUGGCGACGCUGACCAAGCACACCACUUCGGUCAGGGACUCCGUCAACAACGCUGCCGACAGCACCACCACAGAGCUGCAGAAGUUUCAGAACCAGGUCCUGCACAAGCUCUCCGAUGUGAAGCUCCUGGUGGAGUCGAAGACGAAAGAAAUGGAGGAUACCGUGUCAAGGUUCACCCGACUAUCCCACAACCUCAUGGCCGGUGACUGCCAGGACUUGUAUGACAUGGGCUUCAACGCCUCUGGAGUGUACUUUCUGCAGAAGUUCGGACGGCAGGUCCUUUGCGACAUGGAGUCUGGCGACGGCGGAUGGCUUGUCAUACAACGCCGUGCAAAGGUGGUUGAGCAGGUCGACUUCAACCAAGACUGGCACGAGUACAAAGCAGGUUUUGGCGACUUAGAGAGUGAAUUCUGGGCUGGAAACGACUUCCUGCACGUCCUCACCAACCAGAAGACAUAUAAGGUCUACAUAGACAUGGUCGACUUUGAAAAGGGGCCAUACUGGGCGUCUUACAACAACUUCCGGGUCGGUAGUGAAAGGUCUGGCUACCAACUCGACAUUGGAGAAUAUUCUGGAAAUGCAACAGAUGCCUUCACCUAUCAUCAUGGUCGCCCUUUCACGUCAAACGACCGGGAUAAUGACCUUUACGCCAGCGGUAACUGUGCCUCUUUCUUCUCUGGCGGAUGGUGGUACGACAGAUGCUACGACGCGCACCUGAACGGCGUGUACCCUGUGACCCCCGACCGCCAGAACGCCUCCUUCAUCACGUGGUGGGCCAACGAGGAGGAAGGGAAGGUCCCGCUGGUGCUCACGAGCGUCACCAUCCGAGUGAAGCCCAUUUCACCCUGAGAUGACCUCUACUCAUGACCUUUCUUGACCUCGAUUCUUGGAGUCUUGGGAGAUGUGGGGUCAGGAGGAGACAGUGGACCUCUUCAAGGUUUUCUGUUUGGUUAAUAUAUAUAUAUUUUUUUCUCUUUUGCCUCUCGGUCUUUGAUAUCUGUUUUGGUGGGCAUUUCUUUCAUUCUCUCUCUCUCUCUCUCUCUCUCUCUCUCUCUCUCUCUCUCUCUCUCUCUCUUUCUCUCUCUCUCUCUCUCUCUCUCUCUCUCUCUCUCUGUCUCUCUGUCUCUCUCUCUCUCUGUCUCUCUCUCUCUCUCUCUCUCUCUCUCUCUCUCUCUCUCUCUCUCUCUCUCUCUCUCUCUCUCUCUCUCUCUCUCUCUCUCUCUGUCUGUCUGUCUGUCUCUCUCUCUGUCUCUCUCUCUCUCUAUCUCUCUCUCUCACUUCUCACCCUUUCUCUCACCCCUUUUCAUUCUAUCUAUCGUAUAUUCAUCUCUCUAAAUAUUUACCCUUUUGACUGUGUAACACUUGGCCCGCAUUAGUUUUGUCUUUUACAGCAUAUUUGUAAUGAAUCAUUCAUUUAGCUUCAUCGCGGCUGCUGUCACAUACAAACAGAAUAGCAUUGAGUUCUGAUGAAUGGAAGGCUCAAUUUGCGCUCAAGAUCAUAGAGCAAACAACAGUAAGCUUUCAAGCAUCAAUUCGUUAAUGUUAUUUUGAUUUAGGCCGCUUUCACACAGACAACACGUUGUGAUAAUCGGUUGCAUGCAUGGACAAUUGCAAAUCUGACAUACAGGCCAUUUUUUUUGUCAGUCAAGAAGAUGCCGUCUAGUGAGGAAAUAAAAUUCGUUCAAAUCUAUGGGAAUAAUAUUCUGGACUCUUGGUUACUCUUACUCGUGGACAUUUUGAACAUGCAUUUACAGACGUUGCGCAUUUUAAAGCUUAUAUAGAAUCUUUUUUGUUUGUUUGUUUGUUUUUUUAUUUGUUGCCACCGAUAUUACUGUCAUUGUUGUUGUUUUUUCUUUUCAAAAGAGACUUGCCAAAUCUAUGUACUUCAGAUUCUGGGGCAGGUUGUCAGUUCUUUUCUGGAUACAAUGUAAACAAUAUAAAUAUUCUUUGUUAAAGCCCCGGCGAUGACCUGUUAUAGCAAAAUACGUCAUCACUCGAAAGCUCGCAUUCGAAUCGGUGGCUCAUUUCUAACGGCGGGUUAUUCACGUUUUCAAAAUCCUCGUAAGACAAACAAUGCAUUUUUAAAGGUUGUUGCGUCAAUCAAUUACCUCAGCGGAUUGUCUUUUGUGAAAGCUGUCCCGAUGAUCCACAUAGUCCAUUUCUAUUGUAGAAAUUCACCGCAGUUUGAAUCCUUGUACAGUUAUUUUGCUUCUGAUUCCGUAUCAUGCUUUUCAUUUCUGACGCUCACCCUUAUACCUAUUGGAGAUAGAUCAGUUUUUGUCUCUUUCACCUGGAUGAAAAUAAAGAAUCAAUAUGUUCA